AUGGAGCCAGCACCUGAGGAGGCCGGACCGGCAUCUGAGCCGCACCCCUCCUCCCCACACCCAGACCUCAAACCCACCCCCGCACAGCGGCCUGAGACCGAUGAAGACGAUCACCCCACCACUCCAAACCCAGACAACGCGCAAAAUGGGCCACCGGAAAGCUGCGCAUCCUCCACAACCUCCCGCCCGGUAUCCGGCGUAGUGCCGCCCUACUGGAGCCGCCAUGAGCGGAAGGUCUCGCGCGCAUCACAGUCGUCGUUGCGGCGCGCUGCUAUUACGCUCGAGGACCACACUGCCGACCCGAACUCGGAGACGAGUCGGGGGUUGUGGGCCAGUAGUGUUUCUAUUGAUGAUCAUGUGGUUGUGCGUGGCAUGACCGGGGUGGGGUCUUAUGUUGUCUGGAACUGUACUAUCCAGACACUUGAUGGCGGUCCGAUCGUUAUCAGGAUGAGAUACUCCGAGUUUGAUGAACUGCGUCAGCGGCUGGUUGCUUCCUUCCCGCAUGCGAGGAGUGCAUUGCCUGCGUUGCCGCCGAAGAGUGUUCUCUUCAAGUUCCGACCUAAGUUCUUGGAGUCUAGACGCGUGGGUCUGGAGUACUUCCUCAACUGUGUCCUACUGAACCCGGAGUUCUCGGGCUCACCCAUCGUCAAGGAUUUCCUCUUCGGCCACAUGUGCUAA